AAUUCCUCAAAUUUCAGUUCAUUUUUCUGGUUUUCUUUGAGUUUGUGAGCUGUUUUCUGAUGAUUAUCCCGCUUUGAUGACCACUCGGUGAUUCUGUUUGUGCGGUAUUCGGACUCGAUCGUUCAGUCAUGGCUGAGGCUGCUAAUCUUGGGAUCUUGGAAUGGCCGAAGAAGGACAACCGCCGGCUCCUUCACGUCGUGUAUCGCGUCGGCGAUCUCGAUCGCACCAUCAAGUUUUACACUGAGUGUUUCGGGAUGAAGCUUUUGAGGAAAAGAGAUAUUCCGGAGGAGAAGUACUCUAACGCCUUCCUUGGAUUUGGACCAGAGGAAACUAAUUUCGUCGUGGAGUUAACAUACAAUUAUGGAGUAACUUCGUAUGAUAUUGGAACUGGUUUUGGGCAUUUUGCAAUUGCUACCCCAGAUGUAUACAAAAUGGCUGAAGACAUCCGUGCCAAGGGUGGCACUAUCACUAGGGAGCCUGGUCCUGUCAAAGGUGGAUCAACUGUCAUUGCCUUUGUGAAAGAUCCUGAUGGCUACAUUUUUGAGCUCAUCCAAAGAGAAAAUACUCCUGAGCCACUUUGCCAAGUAAUGCUUCGUGUCGGUGAUCUGGAGCGUUCUAUCAAGUUUUAUGAGAAGGCCUUGGGGAUGAGGGUAGUGAAGAAGGUGGAUAGACCUGAAUACAAGUACUCCAUAGCCAUGUUAGGAUAUGCAGAGGAAGAAAAGACAAUUGUGCUUGAGUUGACUUAUAACUAUGGUGUGACCGAGUACACCAAAGGAAAUGCAUAUGCACAGGUCGCCAUUAGCACUGAUGAUGUGUAUAAGAGUGCUGAGGUUGUCGAUCUGGUUACAAAGGAGCUUGGAGGGAAGAUAAUUCGACAACCAGGACCAGUUCCUGGAAUCAACACCAAAAUUACCUCUUUCGUGGAUCCUGAUGGCUGGAAAACCGUCCUGGUUGACAAUGAAGACUUCCUGAGGGAGCUGCACAAGCCAGAGUAACCCAUGUAAAGGUCGGAUCCGCUACUGGACUCCCGAGGCAAAAUGUCCAGCUAUGAAAUAAAUUGGCCUCUAGUACUUCGGUUUAGCAAUAUGCGUGUUUAGAUAUGUUCGUUAGUGUAUGACUUGAAAACUCCUUUUAGAACUCCGUUUGUGUUUGACUCUGGUUUGUUGCAUGAAUGGGUAAUCUAUUCUCCUUUUCACUUACAUCCUCCCUCCACUCUCUCACUAGAUUUACAUUCGCUACUGCAAUACACAAUCAAUCAUCUA